GGUAUAUAUAUAGCCUAUAUGCGAGUAACACUCCAAAAACGCUCACGGUGCCGGCGCCCAACUCAUAAGCAAAUUGAAUUCCUUUAGAACCUCUGGAAUCUGGAACCUCUCAUAUGUCAUACGCAAAGCUCGAAUUGCAGUCUGCAGAAGCUCGUUCCAGGACAAGAUGGUAAUCAAACCCCCAAUCAGAGCUCCAAGAAUUACUGAGUUUCUAAAGCCAUAUGUGCUUAAGAUGCACUUUACAAACAAAUAUGUUCAUGCUCAAGUCGUCCACUCUCCAACUGCCACAGUAGCUGCUUCUGCAAGCUCACAGGAAAAGACCUUGAGACCAACCAUGGACAUCACACGGGAUGUUGCAGCUGCUGCAAAAAUCGGAAAAAUUCUUGGCGAGCGCUUGCUGAGUAAGAACAUUCCCGCUGUUUCCAUUUUCUUAAAGAGAGAACAGAAGUAUCAUGGUAAGAUUAAAGCAGUAAUUGAUUCUAUGAGAGAAGCUGGUGUGAAAUUACUUUAAUGUUGGGGCACCAGUACUGUGUUUAGGAAUCAUCUUAACUCUUUUAAGUUACUAGAACUUUGAUCUAAUGUCUCUAGCAGCUCUUCUACUCUGAUAUUUGGAAAGAACACAUUUCAAUCCUCAGUAAUGAAGUCCGGGAAUCCGAUUCAAUCA